AUGGCUCAUCAAAAGACCGAAGUGGUUUCCAAGUCCAACGAAUUAACUUUUCUGAGGACAGUGGAUUUGGAAUGCUGUAUUUGUUAUAGCAUCGUGUCAAGGCCCGUUACCCUUGCCUGUGGGCACUCUGGCUGCAAAAAUUGCAUGGAAACUUGGGCAGAAUCGACAGCCACACCGUUGUGUCCCCAGUGUCGGGCAACGUUCCGAAAAGAAGAGCUGAGGUUAAAUGUGGCAAUGGAUAAGGCGACCCGAGAUUUGCCUGUUAAAUGUAACAGCCAAGGCUGCCAGUGGAAGGGCAACUAUAGCGAUGCCAACGAUCACCUCAGACAUUGCCCAAAAGUACGAGAGAGGUGCCCCAACGAAGGAUGCCAGCACGUGGCGGCACGGCAAGAAAUGACAGCACACGCUUGCCCAAAAGAAAGGAUCGCAUGUUCAGGAUGCCAACUGAGCGUAACCAGGGAAAGACUCCAAUUCCACCGUACAUCUUUAUGCAGAAACUCUGCAGUUCUAUGCCCCUUGAGAUGUGGAGCAUCAUUACCACGAAUGAACAUCAACCUACAUCUACACAAAUGCCCAGAGAAGGCUUCAAUGUGCCAAGUACCUGGCUGCAAAAAAAUUGUGAAAAAGAAGGACAUGAAUGUCCAUUUGAAGGAAGCAAGUACCUCGCAUUUUGCACUCCAAUCAGGAGAAAUCAAACGACUGCGAGGAAUAAUAUACUACAAGAAAUGCAACAUAGAACCCAUAGAGCCCAAAGUGGAAAGGGUUGUCUCCUUUUGCUGGAGAAUUCCAAAUUUUGUGGAGAGCAGGAGACAACAAGCUUCAGAUGCCAUUGGAGACAAGCCCCUUACAAGUGGGCCAUUUAUAGAUGACAACUGCAGAUGGAGAGGACUGUACUCCGGACAACAAAAAUUGUUCCUGCAGCUGCUCUCAGCAUCCCAUCCAGUUACUGGGGAAAUUCAGUAAGAACUUUAAUUAUUUCAUGCAGAGUGUUUGUGAGUGCACUUAAAGGAAAAUGCUACCUUUGCCUUCUUUCAUGUCCCAAGAGUG